UAUUUAAAAAUUUGAAACAGUAGUAAUUAUGCUGUUUAGACACAUAUUUAGAUGUCUUUUUCUCAGCUCACGUCUAAUAAUGCAUUUAUUUAAACCAGUGACACUGCAUUGUAGUGCAAGGGUUAACUUUUGGUUAUUCAACAUCCAGUCCCUCGCUCUGAAGAUGUUCACUCAGAGUCUUUGUGACACUUGCUUUGCUUCUAGCAAGUUCACUUGACAACCCACCGGCUUCAUCUAAGGGAAUCUAAUGGAUCUAAGAGGGUACUUCAACAGGAUUGGGUUUACUGGCCCAUACGACAAAGCUGAUCUGGACACUUUACGCACCAUCCAUAAGCUGCAUGUUAUGACCAUUCCAUUUGAGAACCUCAGCAUCCACUGCGGGGAGAAGAACACGACCGACCUGAACAUCAUCUAUGAUAAAUUAGUCAUAAGCAAUCGUGGAGGCUGGUGUUGUGAAAACAACCUCCUGUUCUCAUGGGUCCUAAAGGAGAUGGGUUACAAAUACACCACACUAGGCUCCAAGGUGUUUAACAAGUUCCAAAAUGAUUUCUACCCCGUGGACUCUCAUCUCAUCAAUAUGGUGGAGAUCGAUGGGAAGCCUUACAUUACCGACGUGAGCUACGGAGUGUCGUGCCAACUGUGGUAUCCCUUAGAGAUGAUCUCGGGAAAAGAUCAGCUGCAGCCUCCAGGUGUGUUCCGCCUAAUAAAUGAUGGGAUGACCUGGGUUCUGGAGAAGACUUCAAGAAAGCAAGUGGUCAAAGACCAGGCUUAUGCUCAAUCCAACCUCAUUGACAGGCGCCUGACGAAGAAAAUGUAUCGCUUCCCACUAACACCCCGUGAUAAAGAGCAUUUCGUGGAGACCCUGGAUUGCUUGCAGACCAGUCCUGAUUCUCGGUUUGUGCUGAAGUCUAUUUGCUCCCUUCAAAAGCCCAACGGCUUCAUAGCUCUGAUUGGCUGGACUUACAGCGAAAUCACAUACAAACCCGAAGAGGACUGUGACAUUGUGGACAUGAAGGAAAUCCCUGAUUGUGAAAUAGAGGCUGUUUUGAAGGAAAAGUUUAAUGUGGUGCUAGUUAAUAAGUUCACACCUAAAAACAAAAAAGCUAAUUACUGCAUGUAAUACAGUAUUGUACUAUAACCUGUAACCUGUAUCUCAGUCGACAAUACUUGUCACCAGAUGGAAAAAUAUAAUAAUUAAUGAGUAAAAUUAUUUUCAUGCUUUUAAAACUUAUUAAUGGCCUCCAAUAAAAUAAUAGGACAAGUUCCUCAUGUGUGCCAAUUGGUGUAGUUAUAAUAUCUACCAGCAGGGGCUGACAGGAGCAUAGCAAAGCCUUGAUCACUUGAGAAAACACUCAUUCUUCAUUGAAUGGCCUUUUCAUUAGGAUGUGACAAACAGGUCUGACCAAUAGAGAUUCUGUGAAAGUCUAGCCCUGAAUGCAGCACUGCGUCUCAGUGUUUCUUGUGUUUUUGGAAAAUAUUAUGUAACAGACAUAGAAUCAAUGCUAAAAUAUUUUUUAAAAAUGAUUGACUUGUUUUUUGUCUCAGUGAUUGACAUAAAUAGUAUGCUCCUCCAAAACAGUGUAUUUACACAUCUAACGAUUAAAUACAGCUCCAUAUUUUGUGCCACAACAACAUAGUUUGAUAAAAAUGUAGCUAUUAAAAUGUAGUAUUAAAAUGA